UCCCGCCUUCCACUCUCUCUCGUCCCACCCUCUUUAGCUUUGUGCCGCGAGCUCCGAGCCGCUGGCCCCUCAGCCGCGCCGUGGGAGGAGGGAGCCGCUACAGGGGAGCUGCCACUCGGUGCUCCGGGCAGGGGCACAGUCAUAACCAAGGCAAUGUCUUACUACCUCAAUUCUGAAAACCACCUGGAUCCAGGGCCCAUCUACGUGCGUGAAAAUGGGCAGCUGCACAUGGUCAAUCUGGCCCUGGACAGUGUCAGGAGUGGCCUGCAGAAGCCAAGGCCCAGACCUUUCAGACUGUUUCCCAAAGGCUUUUCUGUGGAGCUUUGCAUGAACAGGGAAGAUGAUACUGCACAGAAAGAGAAGACUGAUCAUUUCAUCUUCACAUACACCCGAGAGGGGAAUCUUCGGUACUCCGCCAAAUCCCUCUUCAGCCUCGUCCUGGGCUUCAUCUCUGACAAUGUUGAUCACAUCGAUUCCCUCAUUGGCUUUCCUGAGCAGAUUGCUGAAAAGCUUUUUUCUGCUGCAGAAGCCAGACAGAAAUUCACAGAGCCAGGUGCGGGGCUGAGGGCUUUGCAGAAAUUCACUGAGGCCUACGGAAGUCUGGUGCUCUGCUCUCUGUGUUUGCGAAACAGAUACCUGGUGAUUUCAGAAAAACUUGAGGAAAUAAAGUCGUUCCGGGAGCUGACCUGCCUGGACCUUUCUUGUUGCAAGCUUGGAGAUGAACAUGAACUUCUGGAGCAUCUCACCAAUGAGGCCCUGUCCAGUGUAACUCAGCUUCACCUGAAGGACAAUUGUCUGUCCGACGCCGGGGUGCGGAAGAUGACAGCACCAGUUCGAGUGAUGAAAAGAGGCCUUGAAAAUCUGACACUGUUAGACUUAUCUUGCAACCCUGAAAUCACAGAUGCAGGAAUCGGAUACCUCUUUUCUUUUCGAAAACUGAACUGCUUAGAUAUCUCGGGGACAGGGCUCAAGGACAUCAAAGCCAUCAAACACAAGCUCCAGACCCAUAUAGGCCUCGUUCACUCCAAAGUGCCUUUGAAGGAAUUUGACCAUAGUAACUGCAAAACAGAGGGCUGGGCCGAUCAGAUCGUUCUGCAGUGGGAGCGUGUGACUGCGGAAGCUGGGAAGCUACGAGAAGCCUCAGAGCCUCGGAGGGCAGCUCAGCGCUUCUACAGCAAACGAACUCGGACAGAAACGCCAGUGAAGUGCCCCAUGGCAGACAGCCCCACGAACUCUUCUGAGAAGCUCCAGUUCUACAAAGAGGACGCUCCAGACUGCCACGGGCCAUUGUUGGAAAGGGAGACUGCUGUGUGCCAGGAGUCAAAGAAGAGCAAAAAGAGAGCGUUGGAGGGUCCAGAGCAGGAUCAGAGUAACUCUUCACAGUCUUCAAAGCAGAAGUAUGUGUGUCUGGCUGUGGAAGACUGGGACUUGCUGAACUCCUAUUGAGUGGCAGAUAAAAGUUGACACCGGUCACCCGCACCCCCAUGCCCACCCCAACUCUAACGUAUGAGGAAAAGGGACUGAUGAUGUUUACUUUUUGGUUAAGUUGACCUAUGACAUUAGCAUAGCAAGCAGAUAUUUCUACUUUUGUGAUGGGGGAGGGCACUGCUAUGGAAGUAAGUAAUAAUUUCUAAUGUAUAUUUUCAAUACAUAGUAAUUUUUUCAAAUAAACAUUUUGCUGUCCUUA